CGUACGUACGGUCGUGCUCGCACACGCACGCACGCGCCGAUUGGAUAGUCGAUAUCGCGCGCGCGCGCACACGGACGGGCGUCAGUUCGCGUUUUGCGCUUGCUCCGUGUCGUCCGCAGUCGCCGCCGCUCACAAGCGCACAGCGGUCUCCUACCCAAAUAACCACUAGCCUCCGGUUCGAUAUUAUAUUAUUUAUUCGUUAUAAACUCGCGCUAGUUCGGAGUGUGUGUGUGCGUGUGUGCGUCCCGUAUUAUAUUCUUAGCCGCGUGUGCCAUUGUUAUACGACUAGUUCCGCCGGUUUUUUUUUUUUUAACAAUCAUUUCGUUAUUUUUAUACGCGUCAAUAUCCGUUUUACGUAAUCCUUUCGUCGCGCGCUGUGCUCGCAGUCGUCUCCGCCGUUCAUCUCUGCGUGUGAGAACGCGAACGAGUCUAUCCGGUGCGUGUGCUUCGCCGCAGUGCUGCGAAAUAAGUCCAAGGAGUUGGUGACGGAGGAGGAGGAGGAGGAGGUGGCGGAGGAGGAGGCGGUGGUGGUCUUGUCCGGAGAACCCGCGGACCACCGUCGGAAACCCGGUCGGUCAGAGGGUCGUCUCGCCGUAAUCGCCUGGGACAUGCGUCAUUACGAGCACAACAGAAGAUGGUCUCGAUGACCGGAGGCACAACACCGGUGCGGCACCGUUGCGGUUAACGGUGGUCGGGUGGUGCGUGAUCGUCGUGGUGCGAAUACUUCCCGGCGCAUAUAAUAGCCGCGCGCAUAAAGAUUUCAGCCCUAGCGAAAGUCGGCCGGAAGAUGGGCUGCGCUAUGUCGGCGGAGGAACGGGCCGCCCUGGCGCGGAGCAGGCAAAUCGAGAGGAACCUCAGGGAGGACGGCCUGCAGGCGGCCAAAGACAUAAAACUGCUGUUGUUAGGUGCUGGAGAAUCAGGGAAAAGUACAAUAGUCAAACAGAUGAAAAUUAUACACGAGAGCGGUUUUACGUCAGAAGACUUUAAACAAUAUAGGCCCGUGGUGUUCAGCAAUACAGUUCAAUCACUGGUUGCUAUAUUGAGAGCAAUGCCAAAUCUUGGAAUUGGAUUCGGCACCAACGAACGGGAGGUAAGAAAAACUGACGCGAAAAUGGUAUUGGAUGUAAUACAAAGGAUGGAAGAUACUGAACCAUUCUCAGAAGAAUUGUUGACUGCUAUGAAGAGACUGUGGGCCGAUCCUGGUGUGCAAAUGUGCUUUUCUCGAUCAAAUGAAUAUCAGCUCAACGAUUCUGCUAAAUAUUUUUUGGACGAUCUGGAUAGGUUAGGGUCUAAAGAUUACCAGCCCACCGAACAGGAUAUAUUGCGUACCAGAGUUAAAACCACUGGUAUUGUCGAAGUACAUUUUUCAUUUAAAAAUCUAAAUUUCAAAUUGUUUGACGUGGGUGGUCAGCGAUCGGAAAGGAAAAAAUGGAUUCAUUGCUUCGAAGACGUAACAGCGAUCAUAUUUUGUGUAGCCAUGUCUGAAUAUGAUCAAGUGUUACACGAAGACGAAACAACGAAUCGUAUGCAAGAGAGCUUGAAGUUAUUUGAUUCUAUCUGUAACAAUAAAUGGUUCACUGACACGUCCAUAAUAUUAUUCUUGAACAAAAAGGACUUGUUUGAAGAGAAAAUCAAGAAAUCACCGCUCACCAUAUGUUUCCCGGAAUACGCAGGAGCUCAGGAAUAUGGAGAAGCCGCUGCUUAUAUCCAGGCACAGUUCGAGGCCAAAAACAAAUCGACUACUAAAGAGAUCUACUGUCACAUGACGUGUGCGACGGAUACGAACAAUAUUCAAUUCGUGUUCGACGCCGUCACCGACGUCAUCAUUGCCAACAACCUGAGAGGAUGCGGACUGUAUUAGAUCACACACCGCGUCGUAAGCACCAUGUACCAUUUGACACAUGUUAAAGGUUUGAUUUAAAGUACACGAAAAUUCAAUGCACACAUUUCCAAAAUGGCCAGUUCGGUGUUCAUGUUAAUUUAAGGAGACGCAUCGUACAAUACAAAAAUACACAUACGCACAUAUAUUACCUAUACAAAAUGUACCAUAAACGUGUUACCUAUCCUUAUUAAUUAAUUUUAAGUUAUGAACCAAUUUUCAAAUUAGCUUGAAAGAUAUAUAACAUAUUUUAUUUUAAAAUAAAAU